CCUUGCAACCACCUCCCUAUCUAAUCGCCCUUAUCCACUUUGCGCCCCAUCCGUCCUCGUCACUCCCGUCUUGUCUCUCUGUCACUCGAUUCUCUCCUUCGGCGCAUCCCUCGACCUUCUUCUACGUCGCUUGCCCAUCCCCCCAUCCCGAACUGCCUUUCUUCCCCUUUUGUCGCCAACCUCGACUUCGCUCUCUCUCUCCCUCUCUCUCUCUAUUUUUCUCUCCCUUUUGCAGCUCCUUGCUCCUCCCGUCUACUUUGCUUUCCCACCACCCACGACCUUCCUCGACUUCUCUGCCCCCCGGCCAUCAUCUUCUCCGAGACCUGUGCGUAUACCGAGUAUAUACGUUACAUCCCACACACCGUUGGUACCGCCGUUUGCCUCUCCUACAAUCGUCUGUCAGCCCGGGUACUUGCAGAGUACAAACGUCACAGUCUCGAGAGCUCCGAGUCAUUGGCUUGACCUUGGAUCUUGCCUGACUCUUGUCCUGCAAAGUCACCUCUCUCGACCCUUCCGCGCCUCUCACCCUCCCCCCCCUCCGACCACCGCUCGCUCUCAGCUCGACAAACCGAUAUACACCCAUCCUUGCCUGCCUUUGACUUCGGUCGACUUUCGCUUCUCUCCCGAUCGCGUCGUCUGCACACUAGACCGCCAUUCUACACUCGCACACGGACGUCACGACGGCCCUUCCAUUCUGCAUCAUCACACUGUGCUUGUGCGUCUCCGACCUAUCGGAUAGCUGCCUGCCACCUAGUUUACCGUCCCUCUGCCUACCGAAACAACAAUCCCAGGGUUCAGGCUGCUACCCGAAGCUCUACCUACCUGCCUCGUCUCUGCUUCUUCUUCGCGCUGAACUCUUCCUUCUCCUUUCAUCAACCAAACCCAUCUGCAUCAUCCUCUCUUUCACGACCUCGGACGUGUACAUGACACCGCAGGUCGCCGACGUCUUUCGAAUAGAAUAGGCCCACGGCCUGGACUCGACUGCCACCGGUAUCGCACCUGUCCCAGACAACCUCACAGGCGGAAGACAUGGCGGAGCGGCUUCCAACGUCGUCCUCCUCACGGAGGCGACGCGAAGGCGAUGCUUCUAUUGGGGACUUUGUCAUCGGAGGUGAAAUCGGCAAGGGCAGCUUUGCCCAGGUUUACAGCGGCUACCACAAGAGUUCUAAGGCAACUGUGGCGAUCAAAUCCGUGGAAAUGGGACGCCUCAACAACAAGCUUAGAGAGAAUUUGUACGGCGAAAUCCAAAUCCUCAAGACCCUUCGUCACCCUCACAUCGUCGCCCUGCACGACUGUGUCGAAUCGGCCACACACAUCAACCUCGUCAUGGAGUAUUGCGAGCUCGGCGACUUGUCCUUGUUCAUUAAGAAGAGGGACAAGCUCAGCACCAACCCCGCUACCCACGAGAUGGCGAGGAAGUACCCCGUCACCCCUAACUCGGGUCUUCACGAGGUCGUCACUCGCCAUUUUCUCCAGCAGCUUGGAAGUGCCUUGAAGUUUCUGCGCGAGAAAAACUACGUACACCGAGACGUCAAGCCUCAGAACCUUCUCCUUUUGCCUUCGCCAAGGUUUAGGGAGGCACACUCGCGUCCGAUCUUGACUGGCAGCCAGGAUUCGUUGAUCCCGAACGCCGGCCUCGCCUCCCUCCCGAUGUUGAAGCUUGCCGACUUUGGUUUCGCUCGCGUCCUGCCAUCAACCUCUCUCGCUGAUACCCUCUGCGGAUCGCCCCUUUACAUGGCACCCGAGAUUCUUCGUUACGAGCGUUACGACGCCAAGGCCGACCUCUGGUCUGUCGGGACGGUUUUGUACGAGAUGAUUACUGGUCGACCGCCCUUCCGUGCCCGAAACCACGUUGAGCUUUUGCGUAAGAUCGAAGCCGCCGAGGAUAGGGUGAAAUAUCCGAAGGAGCUUGUGGUCAGUAAAGAGCUGGUCAAGCUCAUCAGCAAACUCCUCACACGAAACCCCGUUGAGCGCAUGAGAUUUGAAGACUUCUUCAAUGACCCAAUCUUGACCGAUCUGAUCCCCGGCACGGUCGAGGAUGAUGCUCCUCCCAAGCCGGAACCCAAGGCCUCCCGCGAUUUGCGAUCUCUUGGCCGCUCCGACUCUACAUCAUCAUUGUCUCGCCGGCUGUCCCUUCGUCGACAAGCUGAAAACGAAGCUGUUCGUGAGCAAGUUGAGACGGCAAAGUCGCCUCGGGAGAAACCUUUGAGAUCACCGCAGCUGCCCAGCCCGAUUGAAGGUCGAACUCAACAGACUGCCGCUGACGCUACAGCACGUGCAGGGCACUCGCCAGGACCAGACAAUGGAGAGGGACUCGGAAUUCGACGUCCCCCGUUGCCUGAGCCCUCAACUUCGGCGCCCAGCCGGCCUCACAGACUCUCCAACGCGUCUCUCAACCGACCCUCUGCACGAGCCUCUGCUUCACCACCGACUUCGUACCUCAACGAUAACUCGCCGAGAAACAAGCUCCGUGCCGUCACGGAGCGGAGCGUCACAGAGCAAGAAAAGGCUGCUCAAGACGUCGCAUUCGAGCGAGAUUACGUCGUCGUCGAGAAGAAACAUGUAGAGGUGAACGCUUUUGCCGACGAAAUGGCAGCCAACCCCCGCCUUACCUCUUUAUCGCCCAAGACCGGUCAGAUGAUCCGUCGAGCAACACAACAAGGUCCCCCUAAUUCCACAACGGGGGCCGGGCGUGUGCAACCCUCCAACGCAGUCCAGAUUGCCCAGGGCAAGGGACGUUCCGGCCACGAACGUCGCGAUUCGUACGAUAGCAAGAAUUUCUCUGCAAGUCCGACCACCCAGGGGUUUAUCGCAAAGGCUAUCUCCGAUGCCAGCGUGCGUCUGUUCGGGUUCAAAGUCCCACAGCAUGUGCUAGGUGCAAAGGGGGCUUCUCCGCCUCUCUACAGCCCGUUCCCUGCCUACCCGACGCCGUCAGCCCCCGUCGGGCUCAUUGGUGACGGCAAGGAAAGCGCUCCCGCCGAUGAAGACGCGCGAGCCGUCAAGCUCAUUCAGGAUUUUGCGCACCGGAGUGACUGUGUCUAUGGCUUUGCCGAAGUCAAAUACAAGCAACUAUUCCCUCUCUCGCCAUCAAUGGAGCACGGACUUGGCGGCAUGCCUGCCGAUCAAAUCACUGGAGACGAGGACGAUCUCACCCCCGAUGCCCAAGUUUCUCUUUCGGAGGAGGCUUUGGUUCUUUACGUCAAAGCAUUGACUUUGCUAGCUAGGGCCAUGGAUGUCGCAAGUCUGUGGUGGACACAGAAAACGCGCGGCGACGCAACAGGAGCAUCCGCGGCCGAAGUAUCCAAAGAAGGCCUCGCUCAACGGAUCAACUCGACCGUGCAGUGGGUACGAAGUCGCUUCAAUGAAGUGUUGGAGAAGACCGAGGUCGUCCGCUUGAAGCUCAUCGCUGCCCAGAAGAAGCUUUCGAUUGACCACCCCAGUCACCCGAGUAACCACUGUGGCGAGUCGGCCAACUUGGCAACACCAGGCGCCAAGGAGGUUUAUCUUACUCCAGGCAUCAGUGCCGAGAAGCUGAUGUACGAUCGAGCCUUGGAGAUGAGCCGAACGGCGGCCAUUGACGAAAUCACAAACGAGAACCUUGAGGGUUGCGUUACCUACUACGUCACAGCCAUUCGCAUGCUUGAGGCUGUCUUGGACAACGAUGAGGACACGGUCAAGAGGCGUUACUCGAGCUCAGGCAAAGACCUUUCGCGCGAAGAGAUCUCGAGCGAUCUGACCAGCGAUGAUCAACAGGUUGUCAAUCGAAUGAUCCAGAUGAUAACCGCUCGUCUAUCGACUGUCCGCAAAAAGAUGGCCAUGAUUGCUGAGGCAUCUAGAUCGCAGCAGGUUGCGCAGCUUCCAGCGCGCAAGCGUAGCGGCGACGUGACGCCCCGUAGCGUGCCGUCGUACGCCUCGUGAACCUGGAAAAAGUUUGCUCAAAAGAGAGUUUGGCUCUCGUUUUACGGAAUGGAAAAAUCAACACAACAAAGCCCCACGGCUACGAUCACUUGCGUUUUGUUUCAGACUUCGGAUGCCUUGGCCAUUCGAAGAAUUGUUUUCUUGACGACCUGAGUCGGGG